AUGUCCUGCUCCAGCCUGUGUGCCCCUUGCGGCUUGGCCUCCACUUGCCCUCUGGCUGACACCUGCAACGAGCCCUGCGUGAGGCAGUGCCCCGACACCACGGUGGUCAUCCAGCCCCCGGUCUCGGUGGUCACCUUCCCCGGGCCCAUCCUCAGCUCCUUCCCUCAGCACAGCUCCGUGGGCUCGGCAGGAGCUCCCUACGUCGGAGGCGGCUCUGGUGGCUCCUAUGGGGGCCGUGGGGGCUAUGGGGGCUAUGGAGGCCACGGGGGCUAUGGAGGCUACGGUAGCUAUGGUGGGGGCUAUGGGGGCUGUGGGGGCUAUGGUGGGGGCUAUGGUGGUGGCUAUGGGGGUUAUGGGGGCUGUGGGGGCUAUGGCCGCGGUUCCAGGUCCUAUGGAGGAGUCCCAUGGAACGAAGCUGACUGGGAUGUGAAACUUCCAGCCUCGCCUCCCUCCAGCCCCAAGAUGACUUUCUGCUACCAGCGGCAGUGUGAGGAUUCCUGCUACUCCCCCUGCAGCUACGGCACCGUGUUCAGCUCCCGCAGCUACGACUGCGGCAGCCCCUGCGGCUACCAGGGCUACUACGGGAGGCUGUGUGGCUACCGCGACUGCUGCCCCUCCUUCAGCCCCCGCUACUGCUCGCCCUACUCCUCCCGCUACUACCAGAGAUACUCCUACGGCAGCUGCUACCCCUGCUACCAGUGCUGAGCAGGAAAACCCCCCAA